GUGGUCUGCUCGGAGAUUACCGCCAUGGCAUUCCUUGGCCCCUCCAAGUCCCAUUUGGAUUCGCUGGUCGGACAUGCGCUCUUUGGCGAUGGCGCGGCCACUGCCAUCAUCGGCACCGACCCCGACGUGCCCUUCGAGAAGCCACUCUUCCAGCUGGUAUCAGCGAGCCAGACCAUCCUGCCCGACUCCGAGGGUGCCAUCAACGGCCACCUUACAGAGGCAGGGCUCACCAUCCACCUUCUCAAGGACGUGCCCGGGCUCAUCUCCGAGAACAUCGAGCAAGCGCUCGAGGACGCCUUCAAGCCUCUGGGCAUCCACGACUGGAACUCCAUCUUCUGGAUUGCACACCCUGGCGGGCCGGCAAUCCUAGACAUGGUUGAGGAGAAAGUUGGCCUUGACAAGGAACGCAUGCGCGCCAGCCGAGAGGUCCUGUCGGAGUACGGCAAUAUGUCCAGCGCAUGUGUCCUCUUCGUCCUCGACGUGAUGUGUAAGACCUCUUCCCAGGAUGGCCAAGCAACCACUGGAGAGGGUAAGGAGUGGGGUGUCCUCUUCGGCUUUGGCCCCGGCCUCACCGUCGAGACGCUCGUCCUCUACAGCGUCCCGAUCACAGCCACUACAUGA